GCCCUCGACCACCAGUACAGAUAUAGGUGCACGCGAGAAGUCGCACAUCAUCGGUAAAUGUGACCAACAGUUCGGUGUGUCCCCGAGACAAAACACACAAACGCACGAGUCAUGCAAGACGAGAACGAGCCGGGGGUUAUGGUCAUUGUUUAUCAUUUUUACGUCGAUUAAAACACCGAUCGCAGGAGGCACGAGGAGCCCCCACCUCGACAAGAUCGACAUCCGCGGGUGAUAUGUUGCUCAAGUAUUUGGGCUCCGUCGUUACGCCGCACACUUACGAGAAUCGAGUAGUCGGCAUCGCCUGGUCGCCGAACAAUUUGAAAUUGGCCGUAGCCUCGUCCGACAGAUCGAUCUAUCUCUUCGACGACAAAGGGGUGAAGAAGGAUCGUUUCUCAACGAAGCCGAUCGAUUCCAAGAAUGGCAAAAAGAGUUACGUGAUCAAGGGCAUCGCCUUCUCGCCGGAGUCCACCAAGAUCGCCGUCGGCCAGACCGACAACAUCGUCUACGUGUACAAGAUCGGCGAAGAAUGGGGCGCGAAGAAGGUCAUAUGCAACAAGUUCCCGCAGGGCUCGCCGGUGACCUGUCUGGCCUGGCCGAGCGAGGGCCCGAUCGUCAUCGGCCUGGCCGACGGCAAGGUGCGCGCCGCCAUCGUCAAGGUCAACAAGGCGCAGACCCUCUACUCGGCCGACUCCAUGACCAUCGCACUGGCCACCAACUCGAGGGGCACGGGAUUCCUGUCGAGCCACGCCGACGGCAGCAUCAUCCGCUACUACGUGGCGGACGACGGCGCAGCCGAGGCCUCGGGCCGCGUGCUCACCCAUCCGAGUCCCGUGUACGCCCUGGCCUGGCCCCAGUCGCACAUCGUCGCUGCGGGCGCCGACAAGCGCCUCGUCUUCUACGACGCGCAGCGCGGCAAGAGCGUCAAGGUCGUCGACUACGGCAAGGACGUCACCGAGCACGAGAUGAGCGUGGCCUGCUGCAGCCCCAGCGGACAGAGCAUCGCCAUCGGCUCCUGGAACAAGCUUAGGAUAUUCGAUUGGAGCCCGAGGAAGAAUCUGUGGGACGAGUCCGUGGUCAAGGCCCUGCCGAAUUUUUACACCGUCACGGCGAUCGCUUGGAGAAGAGACGGCUCGAGGCUGGUGAUCGGUGGCCUGACCGGCGCCGUCGAGCACUUCGAGACGAUACUGCGUCGAAGCGUCGUUCGCGGCAGCCACGAGGUCGCCUACGUCGGGCCUAGCCAGGUUGUGGUGAGGUCGCUCGAGGACAAGCACAGCCGACCAGUGGUGGUCAAGUCAGUCAGCGGCCACGAGAUCGACGACGUCAAGGUCAUGGGCAAGCGGGACAAUCACGUGGUCGCGAGGACCGCUGGCACCCUCAUCGUCUGCGACAUCGAGCGCAACGCCCUCAGCGAGAUACCCUGGGAGGAUAAACAGGGAAGCGAGAAAUUCUACUUCGAGUACCCGGGCGUCUGUCUGAUCUACGGCGCGGACGAGCUGACCCUGGUCGAGUACGGCCACAACGAGGUGCUCGGCACGGUGCGCACCGAGUCGACGAAUCCGCGCCUCGUCAGCGUGCGCUGCAACGUGCGCCAGCUGCCGGACGCGCCGGACAACAAGCGGCUGGCCUACCUGCUGGACUCGCGCACGGUGCGCCUGGUCGAUCUGGCCAACGCCGGCGCGACCAUCGGCCUGGUGGGCCACGACACGCGGGUGGACUGGCUCGAGCUCAGCGAGACCGGCCGCAGACUGCUCAGUCGGGACAAGCGCGGCCGACUCUGGCUGAGCGACGACGCGGGACAGCGCACGCUGCUGCUGGCCGGCGUCACCUUCUGCGACUGGGUGCCCGGCAGCGACGUGAUCGUCGCCCAGUCCGGCGCCAAUCUCGUCGUCUGGUACAACGUGGACGCGCCCGACGCCGCGACCUUCGUGCCCGUGCGAGGCGACGUCACGGGCAUCACGCGGGAGGCCGGCAAGACGCAGGUGCAGGUCGACGAGGCCGGCAGCGAGGUCGCCUAUCAGCUGGACGAGGGCCUCAUCGAGUUCGGCACGGCGCUGCACGACAACGACUUCGGCCGGGUGCUGCUGUUCCUGGAGGAGCUCGGCGAGAGGCCCCAGACCGAGGCCAUGUGGGAGAACGUCGCCAACAAUGCCAUGAGCGAGAGAUCGCUGACGGUGGCGGCUCGCUGCUACGCCGCGCUGGGCGACGCUGCCUGCGCCCGAAUGCUCAAACAGAUCACCAAGGCCGGCGAGCGCUACGCCCAGGAGACGGGCAACGAGCCCCUCUCCAAUCCGGACUGCUGGGCCAUGCUGGCGGUGCUUAAGGGCGAGCUCAAGACCGCCGAGGCCGUCUACCUGGAGCAGAACGAGCUCGGCAAGGCCCUGGAGAUGUAUCAGCGCUACUGGCACUGGGAGGAGGCGCUGCACCUGGCGCAGCAGCGACGCUGGGCCGGUCUGGGCCAGCUGCGCGACAAGCACCUGGCCUGGCUCAUGGACAGCGGCCAGACGGCCAAGGCCGCGGGCAUAAUCGAGGCCGAGGACCCGAAGCGCGCCUGCAAGCUGUACCUGCAGGCCAAGAGGCCGGCCCGGGCCGCCCGACUGCUCAUGGCCAGCGACGAGCUGCUCGGCAACGAGAAGAUCGUCACGGACGUGGUGCGCGCCCUCAAGGCCGCCGACCUCGCCGAGCUCGCCGGCGAGAUCUACGAGCAGACCGGCGACUCGGCCUCGGCCAUCGAGUCCUACGCCAAGGCCGGCGUCUACGCCAGGGCCGUGGAUCUGGCGCGCGAGACCGAGCCCAACUCCGUGGUGAGGCUCGAGAAGGACUGGGGCGAUCAUCUCAUGUCCAACGGCCACUACGACGCGGCCAUCAAUCACUUCAUCGAGGCCGGCGAGACGAGUCUGGCCCUGAAAGCGGCCGUGCUCGCCCACCAGUGGAAGAAGGCCCUGCAGAUCAUCCAGGUGAUCGAGCUCGACGCGGAUCCCGAGCUGCUGCGUCACUGCGAGCGCAUGGCCGAGCACUUUGCCGGCGCCGGCGAGCUCCAGCUGGCCGAGCAGCUCUAUCUGCGGGCGGGCCAGGCGCGCAAGGCUGUGGCCGCGUACGCGGCGGCGAGCCAGUGGCAGCGAGCCCAGGAGCUGGCCCAGCGCGAGCUCGAGCCCGCCGAGGCCAAGGAGCUGCUGGCCAGCCACGCGGAGGCGCUCAGGGCCGCGGGCAAUUACCGGCACGCCGAGGCUCUGUACUCGGCGACGGAGCAGCACGACGAGGCCAUCGCCAUGUAUCGGCAGGCGGGCAUGCGCCACGACAUGGUGCGCCUCGUAGCCAAAUUCCGGCCGGAGCUGCUCAAGGCCACCCAUGCGCACCUGGCCAAGGAGCUCGAGGCGGCGGGCAAGCCGCGCGAGGCCGAGGAGCACCACCUCGGCGCCGAGGACUGGCGGGCGGCGGUGGCGGCCUACCGCGCCGCCAACAUGUGGGAGGACGCGCUGCGAGUGGCCAAGAGCUGCUCCGGCGACAAGGCCGCCCAGCAGGUCGCGCUCAUGUGGGCGCGCACCCUCGCCCCGGAGCUGGGCGCCCGCCUCCUGGCCCGACUCGGCUAUCUGGACGCGUGUCUGCAGUUGGCCUGCGACGCGGGCCUCUUCGAUUGGGCUCUCGAGGCCGUCAAGUAUGGCGGCGAGGAUCAGCAGCGGGGCGUGCACUAUCGCUACGCCAUGGCCCUCGAGGACGAGGGCAGAUUCGCCGACGCGGAGAGAGAAUUUUUAAAGGCUGGAAAGGCCAUGGAAGCCGUGCAAAUGUACAUACACACCAAGGACUGGGAGGCCGCGGAGGACGUGGCCCAGAAUCACUGCCGGGAGGGACUGUCGCAGGUUCUGGUCGCCAGAGCCUCCGAAGCCGUCGAGAGGCAGGACUUUGCCGGCGCCGAGUCGCUUCUGCUGAGAGCCCACAAACCCGAGAUCAUCGUCAAUCAUUACAAAAACGCAGGCAUGUGGUCGGAAGCGAUGCGGGUCUGCCGCGAGUACCUGCCGAGUCAGGAGGCGGGUCUGCGCCGCGAGCUGGCCCAGCUGACGUCGAGCGACGGCCAGUCGGGCAACGCCGAGGACGUGCUCGAGGAGGCGCGUCGCUGGCUCGAGGCCGGCGAGCUGCGCACCUCGCUGGAGGUGCUGCUGCGCGACCCGCGAGCCCCCCGAGCCGCCCUGGUCCAGGCGGCGGAGCUGCUGCUGCAUCGAGCCGAGCCCGAGCUCGCGGCCCAGAUGGGCGGCGACGUCGGCUCGAGGCUCAGCGCCGCCGGGGAGUACGGCCUCGCGGCGCAGGUCUUCCUGCAGGCCGAUCGCAUCAAGGACGCGGUGAACGCCCUGGCCGCGCUGGGCGACUGGGCCAAGGCCAAGCGGGUUGUGCGCGAGCUCGGGCCCGAUCUCGAGCUCUACCUCGAGGACCUCUACAAGGAGGCCAUGAUCAAGGACGGCCAGGUGGAGAAUCUCGUGCGUCUGGACGCCGACGCGGCCCUGGAUCUGCUCAUCAGGAAGGGCCAGUGGGCCCAGGUGUUCGAGACGGCCAAGAGCCAGGGCGUCGCGGUCAUGCACAAGUACGUGGCGCAGCGCGCCGCGCAGCUGCUCAAGACCGACAACGUCGCGGACGCGCUCCAGCUCUACACGCAGUACGGCGCGCCGGCCCUGGCCCAGAACUUCAAUCUCUACGAGCACCUGUGCGAGCGCGUGCUCUGCUCGGCCGAGACCGGCGCCGAGUACUCGUAUCUGGCGGCGCUGCGCGACUGCCUGCUCAAGCUGGUGAGGCAGCUCGAGCCGGCCAGCCAGGCCCUGGAGCGAUUCGAGCGCUUGCUGCGCGCCAGCCACUACUCGGCCGUGCGACUGGCCGCGCGCCAGGCCCAGACCAGCGUGCUCAGCUUGAUCGUGCUCAAGACGUCGAUCGCCUUGCUGCGCUACAGCGACCUGCUGCCCGCCGAUCGCUGCUACUACGAGGCCGGCGUCGAGGCGCGCAACGCCGGUCUGAGCAGCGAGGCCUUCGUCUUUUUGAAUCACUUUCUCGAUCUCGAGGAGUGCAUCGAGGAGGGCGAUGGUGGCGUUCUGGACGUGGACGAUCUGCGCGUGACGGAUUUCCCGCUGGAGGUGCCGCUGCAGCCGCGAAUGUCGCUGACGCGCGAGGAGCGCGAGGAGGUGCGCGAGUGGGUACUGGCCGUAUCCAUGGAUCAGCGCGUCGAGCAGGGCCUGCCUCUGGAUCCGCGCGGCGUCUACGUCGGCUCGCUCACGAGUCACGCCACCUCCUCCUCGUCCUCGGAUGGCGGCGACAAGUCGACGAGUCCGCUGGUCGAGUGCGCUCUGACGGGCUACCCGUGCCGUCCGGGCGUCGGCUCGGCCAACGUCCAGUUCGAGUCGUCGCGCAGACUGGCCUCGCGCGAGGACUGGAACAGAUUCGUCACUGCGGCCCGGCAGAUGAGCGGCGACUCGCCCCUCAACGACGUGCUCGGCUUCAUACAGCAGUGGUGCGGCAACGCGCCCAAUUACACAUUCUAGUGGGACAGAAGAAUUGUUUUGUAAAUUUCGGAUGUCGGUUGUUGGUUUUUUUCGUUCACACCGCUUAGCAAUUAUAUUACAUGUACUGUGUAAAAGACUGUGAGUUUUUCGUUCGAUUGUUGUUAACGAUUGUUUAUAGUUUUAAUUUUCCUUUCGUUCGUGCAUCUUGUUGUCGACCAAAUGCGCGCCACGCACGCAGCUAUCUUACGUUGUAUAUCUAGUCGUUUUUAAAAAGCGUA